UUGUUGUUGUAAUUUUUUCACUGAGACAAAAAGCUAAAAAUCUGAUUCUGUUAAAAUAAUUUAUUUAACAUGGCUCAUUUAGCGAAAUUAAACUUAAAAAAACUAACCCAAUUGAGCCUGAAUGAGUUAAUUCAUCGAUCAAUCUACACAACUGCUGUAAAGGCUUCAGGCUUCCGUACUGAGUCAGAUACUUUUGGCGAAUUGAAAGUCCCAAAUGACAAGUAUUAUGGAGCACAAACUGUACGAUCGACCAUGAACUUCCCAAUUGGAGGUCCAACAGAGCGAAUGCCACAACCUGUCAUCACAGCUAUGGGAAUUUUAAAGAAAGCUGCUGCUCUUGUGAAUAAGGAAUAUGGGCUGGAUGCAAAGAUUGCCGAAGCAAUUUCUCAAGCUGCUGACGAUGUUAUCUCAGGAAAGCUUUACGAUGAUCAUUUUCCAUUAGUGAUCUGGCAAACUGGUUCAGGAACUCAAAGUAACAUGAAUGUUAAUGAAGUCAUCAGUAAUCGUGCAAUUGAAAUUAUGGGUGGAGUUCUUGGCUCAAAAACACCAGUUCACCCGAAUGAUCAUGUUAACAAGUCACAAAGUUCUAACGAUACUUUCCCAACUGCCAUUCACAUUUCAGUCGCACGUGAAUUGAAUGCUAAUUUAGUGCCUGCAUUAAGAGGCUUACAUGAAGCAUUAAAAGCAAAGUCAAAUGAGUUUAAGGAUAUCAUUAAAAUUGGCAGAACUCAUACACAAGAUGCUGUUCCAUUAACACUUGGUCAGGAAUUCAGUGGAUAUGUCCAACAAUUAGAAUUUGCAUUGGAUCGUAUUGAAUCUGUUUUACCUCGUGUCUAUAUGCUUGCUCUUGGCGGAACUGCUGUUGGAACUGGCUUAAAUACGCGAAUUGGAUUUGCUGAAAAGUGUGCUGCUAAAAUUGCUGACAUUACUGGACUUCCUUUCAUCACUGCCCCAAAUAAGUUUGAAGCUCUUGCUGCUCGCGAUUCGAUGGUCGAAGUGUCUGGAUGCCUCAAUACAAUUGCAGUCAGUUUGUUCAAGAUUGCUAACGAUAUUCGUUUCCUUGCUAGUGGACCACGAUGUGGUCUUGGUGAGCUAAGUCUACCAGAAAACGAGCCAGGCUCCUCAAUCAUGCCUGGAAAAGUCAAUCCAACACAAUGUGAGGCAUUAACAAUGGUCUGCGCUCAAGUCAUGGGAAAUAACGUUGCAACUACAGUCGGAGGUGCUUGUGGACACUUUGAAUUGAAUGUCUUUAAGCCAUUAGUUGUCUCAAAUGUCUUGCGUUCCAUUCGUCUUCUCUCAGACUGCUCUCGUGCAUUUACAAGCAAUUGUGUUGUUGGAAUUCAAGCAAAUAGAGAAAAUAUCAAUAAAAUCAUGAACGAAUCACUUAUGUUGGUCACAGCACUAAAUGAACAUAUUGGCUAUGACAAAGCCGCAAAGAUUGCAAAGACAGCACAUAAAGAAGGAACAACAUUAAAGCAGUCCGCAUUAAAAUUGGGAUAUUUGACAGAAGAACAGUUUAAUGAAUGGGUCAGACCUGAAAAAAUGUUGGGACCCAAGUAAAUCAAUAUAUGUCAUUUUUAAUUGUCUACACUUUAUAUUGUACCUAAAAUCUGAAAAAUAAAUGAAUUAAGAAAACACC